UAUUCAUUUUGCAUUUGCACACAAACAGACAUGGCUCGUCUAGAUGUCACGGAAACUUUUCACAGCAUCAUGUUUCCUGGGCACAUGCAUACUAAAGACUCAUUGAAUUAUGCGACCAAAUUCAAGUUUCAGGACACAGAUACUGUAAUUGUCACCUACCCAAAAUCAGGAACCACAUGGAUGCAGGAAAUCAUCACUCUAGUUUUGGGUAAAGGGGACCCAACUAUUGCCCAAACUCAGCCCAACUGGGCCCGUGCACCAUGGCUUGAGCAGUACUACUGCGCUGAUGUUCUAAAAGCCUCUACUGGGCCUCGUAUUAUUACUACACAUCUGCCGUGCCAGCUGCUGGCACCGGCCCUGCAACACUCCAAAGCAAAGGUUAUAUAUAUAGCCAGAAAUCUCAAAGAUGUGUCUGUUUCAUACUAUCACUUCCACAAGAUGGCCAAUUUUCUGCCUGACCCAGGCACUUUCUCUGAUUUUCUGAAUGAUUUCCUGAAGGGCGCAGUGCAUUAUGGGUCUUGGUUUGACCAUGUCAACGACUGGACUAGUCACGCAAAAGAUAUCCACAACUUUCUUUACAUCACAUAUGAGGAAAUGUGUCAGGAUCUUCACGGGUCUGUUCAGAAAGUGAGUCGUUUCCUGCAGUGUCCUUUAACUGAGGAUGAGCUGAUCCUUGCUCAGAAGCACUGUAGCUUCAAUAGCAUGAAGGAAAAUACCAUGGCGAACUACACUCUCAUCCCUCAGGAGAUCAUGGACCACAGCAAGGGCAAGUUCAUGAGGACAGGUAAAGUCGGAGACUGGAAGAACACAUUCACUGAGGAGCAGAGUCGUCUUGUUGAUGACAUGUACUCUUCACAGAUGACCGAUUCCUCACUGCUGUUUAAAUGGGAAUGCCCUGAGAAGACUUUAUGACCCUUGAAGGCCCCUGAUGACCAUUAAUACUUCAGAAUCCCACACACCCAGAGAGAUCGUUCUACUCACAUAACCGCUCAUCACUGAUAAUAUUCUUCAAUUUACAUUUGGAAAUGUUUCUAAUAUUUCACACUGAAAUGCCCAGUAAGUGGGUAAGCUAAAGUAUUUCAUUCCUUUAUGUUUUUUUCUUAACUUUAUAUAUAUAUAUAUAUAUGUGUGUAUAUAUAAAAACCUUCAGCCUGAGACCUUAAAAGAG